UAUGACGUCCUCGCGCAAUUGGGUUCACGUUUUCGUUCCAGUUUCCCAACCUCGUUCAUCUUAAUUGCUUGACAGAGCACUGGGAAUGAAGAUACUACUACGAGCAGACAAAGGGAGAAAGUGAGGUUAAAAUAUGGAUUUUACUAAGUUUGACGAUCUUUUGAUGGGAAUCCUCCAGCACUGUGAACAAGUGGAACCGUUUUUAGAUGCAAUCUUCAGCUUUUUAGCGCGCAGGACUGACUUCUUUCUAGUGAUGCACAAUAGAGAUGACAAAGUGGGAUUCGCUCCAGGUGUAGCGGAAAAGAUGGUUCUAAAGAUCUUCAAGACUCAUCAACAGAUUGUCACUGGAAAUCAAACAGGAGCUAAAAAACAAGCACAUGGAAAGAUAUCAGGAAAAGGGAAGCAAAAAUGUGCUGACAUAGAGAGAGCAACUGAUAGAGCUUCAGCUGCAAAUGAAAACACAAGUCUAUCUGCUCCUAUGGCCUCAUCUGAUACAGAUAUAUCUCCAGCAAUCACUUCAUGUGAGGUAGAAACAUCACCCACCAGUGACAAGGGCCACACCCAACUUCCUGCAUGUACUACUGAAAAGACAUUGAGUGCUGCUUCAACAUCUAGUUCCAAGCCAACAAGCCUCACUCAAGUAAGUGAAGACGUAACAAGCAGUGAGAGCAAGGGUCUGGUUCCUGGCAAGACUGCUGAUUGUUACAAUGGAGCUGUUCUUGAGAAGUAUGCAUGGUCACAAACUAUAACUGAUAUUGAAAUAAAAAUCCCUGUGCCAUGCUCAGUAACAAAAGGUCGGGAUGUUGGUGUGGAAAUUAAGAGCUCCCAUUUGAAAGUUUGGUUAAAGAAUGGAAUCCCACCAGAUUCAGACAGCAUUAUUCUUGUUGAUGGAAAACUUCAGUGGCCGAUAAAAUGCGAAGAUUCUAUGUGGUUGUUGGAGGCUGGGAAACAGAUCAUUGUCAGCCUGGACAAAGUAGAGGAGAGGUUUUGGACAACUGUUUUGGAAGGAGAUACCGAAAUUGACAAGACUAAGGUUGACACAACACGAGACAUAAGUGAAUUUGAUGAACAAACUCAGAGUGAUUUUCAGCACGUUAUGUAUGACCAUCAUCAAAAACUUCAGGGCAAACCAACUAGUCAGGAAAUGAAAACCCACGAUCUUCUCAAGAAAGCUUGGAAUGCCAAAGGGUCGCCGUUUGCGGGAACUGACUUCGAUCCAUCAAAAGUGAACAUAUCGCCAAGUUAUGGGUGAAUAAAACUCUUCUAAUACGCUGAAAGGAGACAGAACAUGCUCUUAAAGACAUCUAAACACUUUAAGUGAAAUAAUGCGCCAUCCCGUUUCGAAAAGUAAGAACCGUGAAAGGUAGUUUUUUG